AUGAAUAGGAAUUAUGAAUAUGAAAAAGCCUUGUGGAGAAGAAAAGUGAUAAUAAUUUGUGCAAUGAGACUACAACUGGCAAAGAGGAAUUCCAAAAAGAGAUGGUAUGUACGGCCAAUUUUUCAAGAAAGAAGGAACUUGGGUCACCACACUUUGUUAGUUGAAGAAUAUAAACUCAACAACUCUGCUAAGUUUUAUAAUUUUAUGAGAAUGAGCUCUUCCAAUUUUGAAGAUUUACUUAGUAUGGUUGGUCCAUUAGUGUACCGAAUUCCAACACGACCUGAUGUUUUGUCUCCAGGCGAAAUUUUGUCUGCAACUAUAAGGUAUUUGGCUAGUGGUGAUAGCAUGUCAAGUAUUAUGUAUGCUUUCCGAAUAGGAGAAUCAACAGUGUCAAUUAUUGUUAGAGAAUGUUGUUUGGCAAUAUGGAAAGUCUUGAAAAUAAAAGUUUUAUUUACCCCAAGUACACAUGGUUGGAUACAAAUAGCAAAUGAAUUCCAUAAUAAUUGGAACAUGCCUAAUUGUGUAGGCGCUAUGGAUGGAAAACACGUUGUACACCAGGCAUUUGCAAAUACUGGGUCCGUGUACUACAACUAUAAAGGUGCUCAUAGUAUAGUGCUUCUUGCUGUUUGUGAUGCCGAUUACAACUAUUUAUUAGUUGACAUUGGUGCACCAGGUCGUAAUAGUGAUGGAGGCGUAUUUAGGCAAAGUACUUUGGGUAAAAAAAUUAUUUAUAAUGAUAUUAAAUUUCCAAACCCCACGCCGAUCGAUACCGCAGUUGGACCAAUACCUUAUUAUAUAGUGGCAGAUGAAGCCUUUAUGUUACUGCCAAAUGUUAUGCGACCUUAUCCUGGCCGAGCUAAAGGAAAUUUACCAGUCGACAAAGCAAUUUUUAACUAUAGAUUAAGCCGGGCUCGCAGAUGUAUUGAGAACACAUUUGGUAUUAUGGCUGCCAAAUGGCGAAUCUUUCGUCGUCCAAUUAUAGCGGGAGAAAAAACAGUAGUUGCUAUAGUACAAGCAACAGUUGUACUACACAAUUAUAUUAAAAAAUAUGAGAAAAACCAAGGCAUUUUUAUGUAUUGUCCUCCACCACAAAAUGACCAUAAUAUCACUAGAACUUUUGAAAUCAAUGGAGCAUUGGAGCCAAUUGGUCCUGUAGGAUCUAACCAUUAUGGGAUUGAUGCCAAAGAAGUCAGGGAAAAAUUAAAGUUUCAUCUUAUGAAUGAAGGCAAUGUGGAAUUUCAAUAUGAUAAAAUAUAA